CGCUCUGACGCUGGGCCAGGAGCCGGAGCGCACGGUGCGGCAGUGCGCAUGAGCAGGAAGCAGCAGUGGGAGCCAGAGAGAGGGAGAGAGAGGGACAGAGGGAGCCUGUCAGUUACAAACAUGAACAAGCUGAAGUCCUCACAGAAGGAUAAAGUUCGUCAGUUCAUGAUCUUCACCCAAUCCAGUGAGAAGACUGCAGUGAGCUGCUUAUCACAGAAUGACUGGAAAUUGGAUGUUGCUACUGACAAUUUUUUCCAAAACCCAGAACUUUACAUCCGCGAGAGCCUAAAGGGGGUUUUGGACAGGAAAAAGUUAGAGCAGCUCUACAACAGGUACAGAGAUCCUCAAGAUGAUAACAAGAUCGGUAUAGAUGGCAUACAGCAGUUCUGUGACGAUCUUGGACUUGAUCCUGCUAGUAUAAGUGUGCUGGUUAUUGCUUGGAAAUUCAGAGCAGCAACGCAGUGCGAGUUCUCAAAACAGGAGUUUAUGGACGGUAUGACUGAGCAAGGGUGUGACAGUAUAGAAAAACUAAAAGCACAGCUGCCAAAAAUGGAACAAGAGUUAAAAGACCAAGGGAAAUUUAAGGAUUUUUAUCAGUUUACAUUUAACUUUGCAAAGAACCCUGGGCAGAAAGGUUUAGAUUUAGAAAUGGCAAUUGCAUAUUGGAAUUUAGUACUUCAAGGAAGAUUCAAAUUCUUAGAUCUGUGGAACAAGUUUUUAUUGGAACAUCAUAAAAGGUCAAUACCGAAAGACACCUGGAACCUACUCUUAGAUUUCAGCACAAUGAUAGCUGAUGACAUGUCAAAUUAUGAUGAGGAAGGUGCGUGGCCAGUCCUUAUUGAUGACUUUGUGGAGUUUGCUCGACCACAGAUUGGCACGAGAAGUACAACGGUCUAGUGCCGUCUAGUGAAAACCUCCUCCAGAAUGUACAUAUUUUGUACAAGUCAAGUCACACCUGAAACUUGCAGUCAACAAAGCGCUGAUGACUGGACUUUGCUGAAGAUCAAUCCUUCUGUUCCAUUCUGAGGGUUGAGAUGCAAGAGACAUUCAAAAAAGCAUAUCUUAUCAGUCAUCUGAUGGUGGUUUGGGCUUCUAUCUUUAGUAUGGGCCUCCUUUUGUAUUUAUUACAGCCAGCUGGAGUUUGUCCACUCUUCUGGGCUAUCGUUAAUAUUCUUUUACCAGUCUUAGGUCUGUGCUGUUUGUUUGAAGCAUCAGUUAUAUACAUGAAGCACAAUUCUGUCUUCAAAUCAGAAAACGAGGUUCUAUUAUCGAAUGUCACGUACAUCUUCCUUUUAAUGCUCUUCAAAGCAUUAGAUCUUUGGCUUUUCCUUCAUUUCUUAUUUUAAUAAAAUUUUCAGUGACAGACCAGUACAAAUUGUUUAUUCUAACAAUUUUUAAAGGAAUAUCUGGUUAUUCCGAUAGGGCAGAAACUAUGAUUUUGUGUAGAUAAUGAUUGCAUUAAUUAGGCAUAUAUAAAAUGAUCAGUGGCCACUUGUUGCUUAUUAUACCAGCGUUGAUAAUUUGUGCUCGUCUGCCACUUGUGAGAUUGUCUGUAAAGGCUUCAUGUAAUUCAGGCUAAUAUGUGUUUUAAUUUGUUUAACCCUAUUUGGUGUGUACAAAUUUUUACCUUUUAGAGAAUUCUUUUUGCAAAAGAAAAUGGUCAAUACUGUUUUGAUAAGUGUCUGCUGCUAGGUCUAAUGACACAGUUCCUCUCACAGGAAAUUGAAACUCCAUCCGUUGAAUUGAACAGUAUUGUGAAAGUAACACUUCGAGAAGAUACUUAAUCUUGAAGGUUUAUAAAGAUGUAGUAGCCUGACUAACAGAUCUGUCCUCUGAGUAAACCUUUCAGACUUCAUCUUUGUAUAUGAGCCAAGACAGCAAUGAUUCUCUUCAGAUUGCCGAUCAUUAUUUUUUGAAUUGUGAGAAACUUUAUUUAGAUAACUGUCAUUCCUGUUGUCACUCUUGAAAAAAUCUUCAUGGGACGUAAGAAGGAGAUAAUGUUCGCUUAUAAGAUGAAAGCCAAAACAGUCCAGAUUGAUAUGAUGCUUUUUUAGGUUCUUUUCUACACUUAUUUAUAACAGAAAUGAAUUAUAAAAGCAGUACAAGACUUGUGAGGUGGGGAACAGUUGGAAAUGUACCAAGUUUUCACGUGUAAUGGCAGGAAUUCUUAACCGGAAAGAUGCAAAAGGAAGUUUCCAACCUGCACAGAGCAUCCUUUUUCCACUUUCUUGGGCAAUGUUACUGCUGUCUAUCUUCAAGUGUAACCACCUAAAUAGUGUAAAUUAAUGUGGACUUGUAUAAAAUAUGCAUAAAGGUUAAAUGGAUACUCUCUGCUGUAAUAAAUUGGGAAAGGCUGUAUUGAAAGAAAACAUAAGAAAAAAAUGUUCAAAUGUUUUUUUUUCUUUUGUGCUGCAUUAUCUUAAUGUCAAGUUAUUGGAAAAAUAAUGUAAAAUUCACAUCCAUGAAAAGACACAUGACUAUGAAGGCUUAUUCAGAUAGUGCUUUACUAACCAGCAGCAGAAAGGAUAUGGGGAUUCAACUUUUUUUUCCUAUGUUGCAGAAGGACUGUGGAAUUCACUUUGAUUUUAUUUAUACCUUUUUAAGUAAAGUUUUUGUACUGGCAUUUGUAAAAUCACAUUUUUUUUCUGUUGAGGUGGGGAAGGCAGUUCAGAAGUGCUGGUUGACG